AGGAGGGUGAUCAGGAUUGCUCAGAGAAGAGAGAACCCUUUCAAAGUUCAACACUGCAGUCUCUCCUUGCCACUGGGGACUGGCACAGCUUCAGCUACUCUGGCCUACAGAGGUCCCACUGGAUGAAUUACUAAAUGGCCACCUGCUUCUGAGUAUUGUUCAACCUGGCGGGAUCCUCUGAACUAGGAGGUGAAAAAAGCUGCAGCCGACUUGUGUGGGACUCCCCUGGCUCUUCUGGCCCGAGCCCCUACCACUCCCUCUCCUUGGCAGCCUGUGAUCUGGGCCUCACCUAGGCAGUCUGAGUAGGAACAAGCCAUCUCAUCCAUCACAGCCAUGAAUUUCCUCCGGCGGCGCCUCUCCGACAGCAGCUUUGUGGCCAACCUGCCUAACGGCUACAUGACAGACCUGCAGCGCCCAGACAGUUCCACCAGCUCUCCUGCCUCCCCGGCCAUGGAGAGGAGGCACCCCCAGCCCCUGGCAGCCUCCUUUUCCUCUCCAGGAUCCAGCCUCUUUAGCUCUUUCUCCAGUGCCAUGAAGCAGACCUCGCAGGCCCCCUCCGGGCUGAUGGAGCCUCCGGGUCCCUCUGUGCCUGUUGUUCAAAGGCCCAGGGUCCUGUUGGUGAUCGAUGAUGCCCACACAGACUGGGCCAAGUAUUUCCAUGGAAAGAAGGUGAAUGGAGAGAUUGAGAUCCGAGUGGAACAGGCUGAAUUCUCAGAGUUGAACCUAGCCGCCUAUGUUACUGGAGGCUGUAUGGUGGACAUGCAAGUCGUGAGAAAUGGGACCAAGGUUGUGAGAUCCUUCAAGCCGGACUUCAUCCUUGUCCGCCAGCAUGCCUACAGCAUGGCCCUGGGUGAAGACUACCGCAGCCUGGUUAUCGGUCUCCAGUACGGAGGGUUGCCCGCCAUCAACUCCCUCUACUCCAUCUACAACUUUUGCAGCAAGCCCUGGGUGUUCUCUCAGCUCAUUAAGAUCUUCCAUUCUCUGGGUCCUGAGAAGUUCCCGCUUGUGGAGCAAACGUUUUUCCCCAACCAUAAGCCAAUGCUCACAGCCCCACACUUCCCUGUGGUGGUCAAGCUGGGACACGCCCAUGCCGGGAUGGGAAAGAUCAAAGUAGAAAACCAGCAUGACUACCAGGACAUCACAAGCAUGGUGGCUAUGGCCAAAACCUAUGCUACCACCGAGGCCUUCAUCGACUCCAAGUACGACAUUCGCAUCCAGAAAAUUGGAUCCAACUACAAGGCUUACAUGAGAACCUCCAUCUCUGGAAACUGGAAGGCCAACACAGGCUCUGCCAUGCUGGAGCAGGUGGCCAUGACAGAGAGGUAUAGGCUAUGGGUGGACAGCUGCUCAGAGAUGUUUGGUGGCCUGGACAUCUGUGCUGUCAAGGCCGUCCACAGCAAAGAUGGAAGAGAUUACAUCAUUGAGGUUAUGGACAGCUCAAUGCCCCUGAUUGGAGAGCACGUGGAAGAAGACAAACAGCUGAUGGCCGACCUAGUUGUCUCCAAAAUGAGCCAACUCCAGAUGCCAGGGGGCACAGUGCCCUCGCCCCUGAGGCCUUGGGCUCCUCAGACUAAACCAGCAAAAUCCCCCGGGCAGGCCCAGCUGGGGCCUCCGCUGGGACAGUCCCAGCCACGCCCACCCACGCAAGGGGGCCCUCGCCAAGCUCAGUCUCCUCAGCCCCCAAGAUCUGGAAGCCCCUCCCAACAGAGGCUCUCCCCACAAGGCCAGCAGCCCCUGAGCCCCUCAUCUGGAUCUCCACAGCAGCAGAGAUCACCAGGCUCUCCACAGCUAUCCCGGGCAUCUGGAGGCAGCUCUCCAAACCAGGCCUCCAAGCCGGGCACCACCCUUACCUCACAGCCCCGGCCACCUGUGCAGGGCCGCAGCACUUCCCAACAAAGUGAAGAGUCCAAGAAGCCAGCACCACCCCACCCCCAUCUCAACAAAUCCCAGUCCCUGACUAACAGCCUCAGCACAUCUGACACCUCCCAGCGUGGGACCCCAAGCGAAGACGAGGCCAAGGCUGAAACCAUCCGCAACCUGAGGAAGUCUUUCGCCAGCCUGUUCUCUGACUAAUGCUGCCCAGGCUGGGAAGGGAGUGCUCUGUUACCCUCCCCACCUCUCCUGCACCAUCUUCCAUCUCAGCCUUGGUUCCGGAUGGGAACAGAAUGGAGGGCCUGAGAAAAUACUUUCUAAAUGCCUUUGAUCCAGGAACUUUCCCACUUCCCUUUGCCAUGACAUUCCAGCAGUGUCUGACUGAGUGGUGGGCCUCAAAGUGGGCAUCACGUCAACCUGCCCCCAGAUGCUUGCUUUCCUGCCUCAGAUAACCAAGUGAGAUGCCUGUGUGUGGCUAGUUUUGACAUUUCUUGUUAGUGUUUUGCUUGCCUUUGGGAAAGGCCCCCUCUGAGCCUUACCCCACCUCCAUCAAAUGCAGACACUGUAAUAGGACCUCAGCAAUGCAGGAGGCAAUAACCUUCUGACAGUGUUUUGCAAACAAGAGGAGAAAAGCCCAUCCAGUGGAACCUACCGCCUACCCUUGCUAGUAACAUCCAGGCUCAAGAGACAGCCCCGCAGACCAUGCAGGCAGCGGCCCCGUCACACCCGCCACCGGUGGAUCUUGAGGGCCAUGGAAAGAAUCCAGAUCCUGUGUGACACGCGGGUCCUUUCAGAACACAACUGAAACAGAGGGGAGACUUUGCAGUGCUGCUCACACCCAGAGUGCUCUCCUAAAUUGGACAGCCAAGAGCAGACCCCAGGUUCUUUUAGGAAUCAUUACUAGACCCCAGAGGAGGAAGAUGCCUUCAACUUCCCAAGGAAGGAGUUAGGUUAGGGCUCCUCGACCCAUUCCGUGUUAUACCGCCAUGUGGUCUCUCUGAAUUCUCACCAGGAAUGCAGUUUCCUCCUCAAGGAUAUAUGAGAAACCAGAGACAAGAUUGAUGACACAGGAUCAGAAAGUGCAGUGAUAGUAACUUCCAGCUCGGCGCUUCUCAGACUGUGUACAGCAAGGCAUUGAUAGGUUACUCAGUUAUAAAAGGGUGCCCUGGUCAAAUGUGUUUAGGAAACACUGUUUAUAUUUAAUUUUUUUAGAUUGAUAGUGCAUGUCAAAGGCUCUUAGAAAUUCCACAGUAAAGAAAUUAGCUUUAAUUUUGUUUAACUCACGCUUAUUUGACCAACUUAACUGCAGAACUGGAAAACAUAGCCCUGAGUCCCUUUCCAGUGCUCUUUCCCCAACAUUAGACUCCUCUCAUGAUCAGAUGGGGUGCAGGGGUGUCCCAAAUCACCAAGCACCUGGUGCUAGAAACAUGGUAGGGGCCAGAACCAGACUCCUGUUUCCAGAAAGAGCCCAGGUUGUUAGAACAUAGCCAUGCUAGCCCCUUAUAGCCCGCUGUGCAACUUGAGACAUGUCUUCCCCUCACUGUUCACAGGGAAAGGAGAAAAGGGGGUAAAAAUGAAAGUGUCCCUGGCCUGGAGCUAUAUUCUGAAUAAAAGAGUGAAGAAAACUUGUAGGGCAGGGUGUAACACCACAAAGCCAGACAUUUUAGGAAAUGAAGAACACGGAAAAAUACGUGAGGCAAUCGUCACUCCUCUACACUGGAAAUUAAGAUUGGAAGAAGAAAUCAAACUCUCCCGAUUCUCAGUAACAAAAUACAGCCCCAGAACACACAGCGAAGUGGUGAUAAGCUAGACAAGCAGCCCCGGGCUGAGCGGUGUGGGAAGGCUGCUGCAUGAGAAGCAGUCCUGGUGUGGAAGCAUUACAGCCAGGGCUCCCUCCUUUGGUGAGUAAAACUAGUGGCUCCGUAAACAAUGAUUACAUGGCUUCAAUUUUCCUGCUUUCCUAUAUUCUGUCCCUUGUCCCUAAAAACAUCCCAGCAUUCAAACCGUAUUUCCCAGAUAUUCCAGUACAAUAGCGCAAACUCCUACAUCAGGCCAGGAGGCAUCCUGGCUUUUAUAACCAUGCACAGACGAUCCAUGACAUAAGACAAGUUGACAACGAACACAUUGAGAUGCAUUUUCCCAUUGGUCUGUGUGUGAAUGUAAAGACCAAGAAUGGUCUUUUGGAGACCGUUAACCCCCCCAAAUGGACUGUUUCCUCACAUAGGCUAGUACAUGUUCCCUCCAGGUAUUUAACCCGUUCAUAAUUGUGACGUUUUUCAAUGGGAAAGAACAAAAAGAAGAGGGGAGGGGAGUCACUCUGUAGAGAUUCUGAAAGGUUGUUUAUUUUUUGUUUUGUUUCACAAUUUUGACCCCAAAAAAGGCUAGCAUUUUCCCUCCAAGCUGACUUGGUGAGGCUGAAACAACAAAGAUCCACUUGGUUUAUGCUAACAUGUAGUUCAGUGAACGGAAUUUAAAACGCAACCUCUGUGAACACCUCUACCAGCCAGGGAAAAUAUCUUCUUACAGCUCUUCUUCCUAUCAGCAUGAUAAAAGGGUACUGUAAUUUAAUGUAAAAUCAGCUUUCAAGGGACACUGGAAUAUACAUACCCUUUCUCUUUCAUCAAUCCUCUGUGUUCUCUUCAUCAUUACCACACUGCUUCCUAGUUCAGUCCCUGCUGAUGGGGCAGUUAGCUUUACCUUUCCAAAAUUUCAAGGGUAAUGGGCCUUCACUCCCAUGGUAACAAAUACAGUAGCAAAUCCCAUGAGCCUGGACAUUAACCACCUUCUGGAAGUUUUCAUCUGAAUUUGCUGUGAAAGGAGCUGGAGGGGAAAGCAAGCAGGUGCAGGCACCUUGUGAACAAGCUAUGUGGGCACAGCACAGUGCACAUUGCUUGGCACACAGUAGGUGUGCACGGUGUGCAUUAGGUUGGCCCUCCUAGAAACCUAUGAUAUUAACAAAUGUAAACAAAGCGUCGAGUCAAGGCUAAGAGUAUCAACGUGAGGAAGUCACUUGCCCAGGAACAGAAUCAAUAGAAUCAAAUCAACAGAGAGAUUAAUAAAAUGAGAUAAGAAGCUGAAGAAAAUCUGUAGCCUUUCUUUAAACCUAUGGAACAAGCAGAAGCAGGGGCCAUGAGACUCCCCCGUGGUGAGCAUGGACCCCACAGAGGUGAGCUGACCACGGGGCCGCCAUGGCUGGGAGCCGAAGGGAUGAGGUGCCAUUGUCAGGAUCAGUCAGGAGGUAUGGUGAGCAGACCAGGACAGUACCAAAGCUUGUCCAACAGAGACCAGGACCCAGGGGUCCCAUCCAGACCGCACACCACCCAGUGGACCACAGCGGAGCUCUCCGAACAGCAGAGCUCGGCUUGAGCCACCACACAGGCACAGUGUCCUUUCAGAACCCUGCCUCUCCCAGCUCUUGUGCUUCAUUCAACUUCAUAGAACAGGUUGGUGGCUCACUUGGUUUUGUGUGCUUAGAAUUGGUGAAAGGAUGCAGGUUAGAGUCACAGUGCCAGCCUUGCAGACACAAGCAGUAACUUAAUUAUGCUGGAGGAAUAGCUCGUGACCCAAGAGCAAUUGCACAUGCAUCGCAUGUUUUUCUUUACCCUAGACAGCAAGUGGGCUGCUUCCUAACCAUACCAAAGCAGUCGCUGAUUAGAUUCAGUUUCAGUCUAAUACUGAGACUGGAAUAGAAGGCACUUUUGAUUUGGUUGGAGACACAUUGGAAGGCUGGGUGACAAGCAAGUCAAACCAGUCCAUUAACCAGACGCAACACAUAAAGGGCACAGAGGCUCCCUCGUGUUUCCAGUGUGUAGCUGCAAUAGAUGGGGCUUUUAGAUGGUGUAUUCAGAGCCCUCAACUGGCAGACCUAGGAAAAGAUGAACACUUAAAAGAUUUUUUCUUUAAGGGAAUACCAAUCUAAAACUAAAUAUUCCUUCUACAGUUGUGUGUAUGUAUGUGUAUGAGAGAGAAUCCUUUAAAUCCUAAAUAUCUUUCAUUAUUUCUGUUCUGAUUGGUCCUCCCACUUACAAUUUCAAUUUCCAAACUCUGACAUUUUAACUAUCUCCUCUCUAUGGUCUUUUGUUGAGUCUAGAGAAGCAAGUUAACAUUUCCUUGCCUCUCAAUUAACAUUUUACCUGUUUUGCUAUGGAAUAGCAGAAAGUUAGGUGCUAUAACCUAUUGGGUAAUCCCAGGAGAGACAUUUAAGUUAGUUAAGAUUAAACCUUAUGUCAUGUCACCUACCUACUACUUCCCAAUAAUUUUAUCCACUCCACAUCUUCUGCAGUCAACAGAAAGUUGCCCAAAGGUAUUAACCAUGCUUACAGCACAGCAGCAAACUGGGACCUGCCUGGCUCCUCCCUGAGGCUCUGUAUUUUGGCAGCUACAGCCCAAGGUAGGUAAAAGACAAGCCUUGGCUUGGGGUGCCAAGUAUAGGGAGCAAAGGGAAAGUGUAGGAAUUAGAGCUAUUAAGCUAAGCAGUGAUCUCAGGAAUUAGAGCUAAGCGAGAGGGGACAGAAUUCAACUGCUUGUACCUAGAGAAUCACAAAAUCUUACAUUGGAAAGAGAGGACACUUCUCAUGAUUUGAUUUCCAGUCAUGCCAAACCAUAGCUUUCAUUUAUAAAUGGUGGGGGGCAGGGGGAGAACAAGCUUCUGUUAACAAAAAUAAUGAAAGGGGAAAAUAAGAGCCAGACGAAGGCAUUAAGGUUACAAGCUAGUGAUGUGGAGCUGCAUCUUAUUAACAUGGUCACCACGGCACUCUAUCUUCCGUCACAGUACAAAGUGAUGUCAGGAUGUCAUGCAGUGAACAGGCUACGACCAAACCAUGAGUUCAUUCUCAUUAUACACCAGCAUAUAUUAAAGCUCAAUAGUCUCAGUCUAAUGAAAAGAAUGUACAUUUUACAAGCUUCUAACUAUAAAUUAAGUUAUUCCAGAGGAAAGCUUUGAUGGUAGUUUUAAGAAUUCAGAGUAAACUAUUGCAAGAGGACUGCAAAUUUAGGUAUAUGACACACUGCUGGUAUCCUGAACUAAGAUUUGUCACAAAGGCUAGUAAGUCUGAGGUGAGGUCAGAAAGUAGCACCUGUAUCUGCAAGACACCAGCACCAUUCGCAGACCUCUCAAGGACCACUCAAAAAUGACUGCAUUUUGAAAACUACUGUUUAAUAGUAUAUGGUGCUUCUGGUCAUCACUAUGUCCUUCCAUUCCCACUACACACACAGCCACAUACACACAGCACAACCUAACAUUACACGGCCACAAAGAGGUGUACUGGUGAACCAGGAUGUUUUGGACCCAUCAAAGUUUCAGGGUGACUCUUUCAACCCAGACCCAGUUAAUGCCAUGUGGCCUCUGGUGAACACUUUUCAAAAAGCUGUCCUAUAGCUCAGACAUUACAAAAUACCACAGAAAAAAAUGUUAACAGCCCCAGUACUCUACCUAUACAUUAAGCUAAUAAAGGUGACAUGGCCUCUGGAAAAUAAAUUAUUGACUGAAUUUUCUUCACUGUGAUGGAAAAAAAAAAAAAAGACUAUGAUGUGUAGCAAAAAAAAAAAAAUCACAUGUAUGUAGGACUCUAAAUAUUCUUGCAGCACAUAACAUUCCAAGCCAUUUCCUUACAUGCAAAACAGAUUUUUUUAAAAGCAGGAAGAUAUUGGCAAUAUUACUAAAUAUUUUCUGCAGAUACUGAGUGUUUUAUUCCUGUGUUGUGAUUCAGAUUUUAAUUUGUCACUAUAGCAUGUUUCUAUGGUUGUUUGUAUUAUGCUAAGACAUUUGUGUUUGGCCUUUUUCUUAUUGUAGGAAAAAUAAAACUUGAACUUUGUGUAUUUUAAGUCUUAAAAGCAAAAUGUUCUUCAAAUAACGAGGCUAUCUUUGAAGAACAAGUAUCUGGCAGCACCAAAGCAGUUUAACUUUGUUGUUAAAAGAUGUCAUCUACUCAGAUUACAAAUUAGGCACCAAGUAUUCAAAACACAAGGGGAAAAAACCCAUAACUCCACUCCAGAAGAAGCCAGAAACAAGAGUCCCUAACAACCCAAUGGUAGCCAAACAGCAUCACUUCAGAGCACAGAAGUUUCAGCCUGGAGCCUAAGAACAGCUGCAGAGAGAAAGAGAAGGUGGAUUCAAUUGCUGGUGAGUGUCCAAAGCUCUCACCCCAAGUUCAGCUCAGCCAAACUAGCUCUGCUUUUAUCCAUUUUAUAAAUCAAGUCUGCAAACGAUUUCAUUUGAAGAAAGGAUGCCACUGCAAAAUACAGAUAAUCUCUUGCAACCAUCUGAUGACACUGAAUAGGUUCUCAUCAUUUUGAAAUGUCCAAGUAAUGUUGUAAAGCUGUUCUGAAUAUUUAUAUUUAUCUUUCUGUAAUAAAAGUCA